UUGUUGGUUUUUGCAAUUUGUGUAGUUCUUUUUUUAAAAAAGUGAGGUUUUGAUGCUCGUUUGACAAGCAACAAUGAAGCCGAGUGAACAGGAAGCCCUCCCCAUGACCACGCCCACCUUGUAGAAAACCUGGUAGGAGCUAAGGAUGCCUUUACAGAACUCCGUAUAUAACCCAGAUACAGAGAGGCAGAGAAUGAAAAGUAUGGGUAUCACAGCUUUAGACAGGACAUAAAACCAUUUUAUUUACCGUUAUUAUGGAAUUCAGGUGCUUAUCAAUUACUGUGUUCUUUGCCAUCACUGCUGUGGUUGGCUCUUCCUUGACAAGAGACGAGGAAUUCAAUAACUUGAUGGAACGAUUUCUGGACAAGUCCGACCCCUCUCCGAAAGAUUUUGAAAAGAGGGGAUGGGAACCCAUGCCAUCCAUGAGAUACGCCGGGAAAAGACAGGCAUUAUUAAAGCGAGGCUGGGAGCCAUUGAUGCCUUUAUAUCGUCGUAGAAGACCGUACUAUAAGCGAGCCUGGGAGACGCACAUUGUGAAGUUGCCGAGGAAAAAGUCGAAUUUAUUUCCUUUUCUGGACAGGGAUCGUUUUUCUGACUCCGUAGAUCCGGGCUGCUGCUUGGAUCUCGCGGCGUGCUGCCCGCUUUGUGAUACCGGUGAACACAGAUCUCUCAUAGUUUUGGACCCAUCAGAGGACAUUCGAGAUCCGUGCCGGUGUUGUAACCUAUCAGAAAUCUGUACAACUUGUCCCGUGAUGAAGUAGUAGACAUUCGACAUAUUCAUGUCUUAUAUGGCACACUGAUUUCAUUUUAUAAGAUAUGUAGGUCCCUUUCGGAAUCAGCAAGUCUAUGCCAUAAAUAUACUUAUUUCUUUUUUAUUUCCUAUGUAUUCAAAAUAGGUGCUUGUUUUUUUUUUUUAUCUUGAAUGCUCCUACAUUUGACAAGUAUUCACAUUUCUGGUACCCGAGGAAAGAUAAAGGGUUUGAAUGAUCAGAGACCUGUGACCAAUUCCGACUUUUACUUCUGGUUUAGUAUAUAGUGAAAAUAUUCAAACGGGUUCGAACAAGUUCUUACUUAUUUUUGUUGGCAAACCAAAUCGCAUUCCUUUUGAUUCAGACGAAUUUAUAAUGUUUUAAUAAGUGUAUGUAUAAUAAUUAUAAUAAAUUGUAUCUAUUCUUUCUCUUGAGAAAUAUGAAGAUUAAACUACAAAAAUAUAAA